AUGGUAACUGUGUUGUUUGCCUCCGAAUUUUUUUACCCCUAUUUUGGUGGAAUCGAAUUACAUAUAUAUAAAUUAUCAAUUGAGUUGAUCAAAUUGGGCUAUAAAGUGGUGGUGGUGACUAAUCAUUACGAGGAUAGGAUAGGAAUUAGGUACAUGGGUAAUGGAAUCAAGGUGUAUUAUGUACCUAAACAAUUAUUAGGCUCUUUUCCCGUUGGAUUCGUCAGUGCCCUCCCAGAUAUCUCACUAAUCCGCGAUAUUUUGAUCAGGGAAUCAGUGGACAUAAUACAUGUACACCAGGCCGCCACAGUGAUUGGGCAUCAAUUUACGGCUUGCGGAAUGAUUUUGGGUUGUAGAACCAUUUACACUGAUCACUCUCUUUUUAGUUUCAAGGAAUCUGCUUGUAUAAUAUUAAAUAGGGUAUUAGAGGAAUUUCUUACUCAUACUGAUAAAUGUAUAUGUGUCUCGUACGCUUCAAAAUACAAUUUGGUACUGAGGACUAAGAUAGAUCCCCAGAAAGUUACAAUUAUCGAAAAUGCACUUGACGCAAAUUCGUUUGUACCAUGUGUCAGUAAACGUCCUAGUGAUUACAUUAAUAUCUUAGUAAUUUCACGAUUCACCUAUCGCAAGGGUAUAGACCUACUGGUUAAGGCUAUCCCACUAAUUUGCCAGAAGCAUGAAAAUGUCAAAUUUACCAUUGCUGGGGAUGGGCCUAAGGCAAUACUUAUCGAGGAAAUGAUUGAGAAAUAUGAAUUACAGAAUAGGAUUAAAUUAAUGGGUCCUGUGCCACAAGAUAAAGUGGUGGAUGUUAUGCAAACAGGACAUAUAUUCCUUGUAACUUCUCUAACUGAGUCUUUUUGCAUUGCAUUGUUGGAGGCCGCUUCCUGUGGAAUGGUUCUAGUAUCAACGAAGGUGGGAGGAGUUCCAGAAAUAUUGCCUGAUGAUAUGUUAAUUUUAUCCGAUUUAACCCCUGAAAGUGUUGAACAGGCAGUGGUUGAGGCCAUAGAUCGGUUGCCUAAAUCUUCGCCUCAACGCAUUCACGACAGGGUUGCUAGAUUUUAUUCUUGGGAAAAGACGGCCGUAAAAACGGACAAAGUAUACAAGGAAGUUAUGGAGGAGAGGAAAUACAACUUUUAUGAACACUGCGUGUAUAGGCAGAGAAAGGAUUUAUUUGGAAUAUUCUUUUUAUACGUUUACAUGCUUUUAUACUUGUAUAUUAAGCUACUAGAUAUAAUUGAGCCAAGGCAUUUAAUUGAAAAACCAAAAAAUUACAAGAUAAAGAGCGAUAAUAAAUAA